CAAUUAUCCAAAAUUGCAUUAACAACUUUCAAAUUGCAUGAUGGACAAUAACAUGAAAUUUUUCACCCUUUCAAUUAUUUUAAUCACUUUUCUCUUUGAAAAUAUACAAGGGGAUGAUUGCCCUAAUGGUUGGAUAAGAUAUUUAGAUAGUUGUAUUGGAAAAUUUGCAGAUAAUCUUAAUUCAGCUUUACAAAUAAAUAUAUUAUGUGGUCUUAAAGGAGGAACUCCAAUUAAGAUUGAUUCUCCAAAGAAACUAUCAUUUGUUCAAAUAUAUCUUCAAAGUGCGACUAAGAAUUACUACUUUUUAGGCCUAAGGAGAAUAGGAACAACAGGAAACUAUUCCAAAGAUUUUACAUGGCACGAUAAUACAGGGAACAACAGAAGUCGCCCAGGGCAGAAGUCGCCCAGGACAGAAGUCGCCCAGAAAUUGAUAGAAGUCGCCCAGAGCUGUGACAGAAGUCGCCCAGAACUGUGAUAGAAGUCGCCCAGGACUAUGACAGAAGUCGCCUAGAACUGUAGAAGACAUAAUGUGUUUGUUCUUUGUUUCUAUUGAUUUCUGACAAUUGAAAUAUAUAAUAAGUAUUAAUAAAUAUAGAAUGCAUCAUUUAAUAAUAACUAAAUAGUGAUGAAUUAAAAUAAAAUACUGGCAUUCUGUUGAAGGUUUCACAUAAAUAUCAUUUAUUUGCUUAAACUUGUGCACAAACUUGAGGUUCUAUUUGGAUCAGUACAGCAGAAAAUUCCCACAAUCACAAUACAAAGUACAGUAUUGAGUUUUAAACUAAAAAUCUUAUGCAUUUCAUUUAAUUUAUUAAAUUUGUUUCUACAUUCAAAGCAGAAUUUUGCCAUGUUGAUAAAUUUCUUUCAAAUACCUCUUAUGUCAAAGAUCAUGAGAAUUAAAAAAAAUUGUAAGAUAUAUACAUGAUUUUAAAGAGACUAAUAUUUUUAUCAAAACAAUUGUUACUUUUGAAGGAUUACAAUGCAGAAAAUCACUUAAUUCGAAUAGCUAACAAUUCAAUUUUCACAACAAAUCAAGUGGUAAAACAUUACUCUACAAAAAAAAACUGGUAAAACAAUUUCUUUCAUUAUCACUCAGAGAUUACAAAUAAUAAAUACAAACUACUUCAUAAAUUAUUUUCAUAUAUUUUGCAUUUUAUUAAGCAUACUGUAAACUUCUAGUACACUUCUGGGCGACUUCUGUCAUAGUCCUGGGUGACUUCUAUCACACUUCUGGGCGACUUCUGUCACAGCUCUGGGCGACUUCUAUCAAUGUCUGGGCGACUUCUGUCCUGGGCGACUUCUGCCCUGGGCGACUUCUGUCGUAUUCGAUAAUACACCAUUAAAUUUCCGAAAUUUUUGAACAACCGGCAAAUACAAUUGUUAAUAAUCAAGAUUUUGUUAUGAUACGUUCACUAAAUGGAGUUUGGUCAACUGUGAAAGAUUUUC